AGACAAAGCAUUGUGAACUCAGUUUAUUUCCAACUUUGAUACCUAUAAUUUUCACCAUUAAAACAAAAAUCAAGUUGGCGACAGUGCUGUUGGGAAAACUUGUUUAUUGAGAAGUUAUGUUGAAGAAAACUUUAAUGGAAACUAUGUUAGCACAAUAGGGAUUGAUUUCAGGAGGAAAAUGUUGCAGCUGGGUGAACAUAAAUAUGUGAAAUUACAGAUUUGGGACACUGCAGGUCAAGAACGGUUCCGUGGUCUUGUCAAGUCAUAUUUUAGAGGAUGUGACGCUGUAGUAUUUGUUUAUGACAUAACGGACAGGAACUCAUUCAACAACAUAGUUGACUGGAUCGAGACUGUGCGUGAAGUGUGUCAGGUGCCAGGAUUAUCAUUAACAGAUACUGUUCAAUGUAUGCUGGUGGGAAAUAAAUGUGAUCUAACUAAUGGACGACAAAUAUCAAGGGCUGAAGCAAAACUGUUCGCAGAUACACUAAAUAUGGAUUUAUUUGAAACAUCUGCUAAAGAAAACAUCCAGGUUUCCCAUAUGUUUUCAGCACUUUGUGAAGCACUUUGGAUGGACUGGGAGACUAAGUGGGGUACUUCGCAUUUGCAUAGAAAUACCGAGAAAACUUUAAGCUUUCGACUGGGAGGACGAGCAGAAGGGGGUCGGGCAUAUGGAGGUGUAAGGGGUGUGGCACAUGGAGGUAGAAGGGGUGUGGUACAACCCCCCGAGCUCAGCUAUUUAUCCACCAACAUGAGCAUGUUGGGAGUUGAAUACGGCUUGGAAGCAAAAGAGGCAAAUUCAUAUUGUUGCUCAAUAUAGAAAUAUAUAAAAAAAAAUCA